AAGGCGAGGACCAGCCAGAGUUGGUUUCAUCACAAACGUAACGUCACAACUGUUCACUGAGCAAAAUGGCUUACCAGACUUUUCGACAGGAGUAUUUACAGAUUCCCGUUGUUACCCGGGCGUAUACAACGGCCUGUGUUCUUACAACCGCUGCAGUGCAACUAGAGCUCAUUACACCUUUUCAAUUGUACUUCAAUCCAGGUUUAAUUCUAAGAAAUUACCAGGUAUGGCGACUAAUAACAAACUUCUUGUUCUUUGGUCCGGUUGGUUUCAAUUUCCUGUUCAAUAUGAUUUUUUUGUACAGAUACUGCCGUAUGUUAGAAGAGGGCUCCUUCAGGGGGCGCACAGCUGACUUUGUCUUCAUGUUCCUCUUUGGUGGACUUCUGAUGACCAUAUUUGGCACGUUUGCGAGUUUGGUGUUCUUGGGACAAGCCUUUACUAUUAUGCUGGUUUAUGUUUGGAGUCAAAGAAACCCAAACGUUCGCAUGAAUUUCUUUGGCCUGUUAAACUUCCAGGCACCCUUCCUACCCUGGGUACUGAUGGGAUUCUCCCUUCUGCUGGGGAACUCUAUCAUUGUGGAUCUCUUAGGUAUCGCUGUUGGUCAUGUGUACUUCUUCCUGGAGGAUGUUUUCCCCAACCAGCCAGGUGGUGGAAGGUGGCUCAGAACCCCAACAAUCAUAAAAAUGCUGUUUGACACUCCGGAGGAAGACGCCAACUAUAACCCCCUGCCUGAGGAGCGUCCAGGAGGCUUUGCGUGGGGAGACGGGCAGCACUUUGGGGGCUAAACAUUCUCACAGCAGUCCCCAGUUGUCUGGCCGCUAACAGGGACGCUACCUGAGAGAUGAAGGGCACGAACAUGGUCUUUUCCUUUAGCGUGCGUGUGUAACUCUGGAUGGUGCCAAACUACCAGCACUGGGAGAAAACUGUUGUCUUUGUAUGCAGCUAAAUUCAUCCUCAGAAACUCUUCUUGAUGCCAGAUUGUUGCUCUGAGACUAUUUUAGAGAACACAAACUUUGGAUGGAACUUUUGAUGAAGAGCUUUUUGGCUUCAAAGAUGUUUGCUUUCAUCUCCGAAAAACAAUGAUACUCAAGAAGUGUCAGGUGAAAUAUAUAUAUUUAAAAAACAUUCUUUAGCAAAAUCAUAAUGGAAUGAGUUCAUUCAGAUGAUUACAUUUCUCAUUUCACUUUUUUUUUAAUAAAAAUGUGUGGCA